CACACUGCACCAGGUGCUACGCCACAGACCAUGACCAUUGUGACCUAUCAGCGCUUACAAUGGAUGAAUAUAAAUGCAAGACCCGGCCACAAUCACUAUCAUUCAUCAAUAAUCCAAAAAUUUAAGGUUCAUAGCACCGAAUUGAUUAAAGAGCUGUCGUGUCCUGCCAUUUCGUACUCGUCCCCCAUAGAAAGAGAUCCAUCCAUCACUGCUAUCAUUAUCAUAAUCAUAUCAUUUAUUUGUUCUCCAUUUUUUUGUGCCCAAUUGUCUAUCCCAAUUCCACACAGCGACACAUAGAUCGAUCACUCUAUUCCGUAUAUAUAUCAUAACCUGCCUCUUCUUGUGGCUAAUCUCCCGCAACACAUUCGUCGAUGAGAACCUAGUCGUUCAUCAACCUGUCCCCUUUAAACCCAAUAAUAGCAAAUCAACCUAGCCAGUCAAAGUACAAUCAUGUCCGGGGCAUUAAGUUUGCUCGCAGAGCUCGAAAAGGAGACCAAUAAAGCUCCAAGUCGAAAGAACAGUCAAGCAAAACCAAGGACAAGCAGAUCAACGGCAAAUUCGCGAUCAUCUUCAGUCCAAUCAAGGGGACCAUCACAAACACAACGUCCAACAUCAGCCCCAGGGCCCAGUCCAGUAAUUCCACCUCAAAAUAUAACUCCUCGGCGUACUACACAAUCUACAAAUGUCACCCCUCGAACAUCAUUUGAACUUGGUACUGAAAGAUCGAGAUCUCAAGGCCCGGAUUCUCGAAGAGUUUCAUUCGCAGAGGCCCCGCGACCACAAACGAGAACUUUAAUGAUACCCUCGAAAGAAAACAUGCCAUCGUCUGGGUUUCCAUACAAUAUAAAAUUGAACAAAUAUGGUGUUUCCGAGCACGAAUGGUCACAAUUCACAAAAGAGAUAAUUGAAACUCUGCCACCGUCAAAGAGCUUUAGCUGGCUAUGGAAGCGUGGGAAAAUUACUGCGAUAAUCAAAAGAGACCUUCAAUACGAAUCAGAAUUGAAAUCAGCUCUGAGGCAAUGGAACAAAGGAUUCAGACGUAGAGGCUUCCAGGUGUAUCUGGAAAUUCCAGUCGAGAAGGAUUUGACCGAUGAUGAGGUCUCGGGGGAUACUAAAGAAGAAAAGAAACAAGCCAAGAAGGAUGCCAAGAAAUUCCGGUUCAUAAUAGGUGCUGGAAAUUCAUCUUCCUCUUCUGUUUACUCGAGGUCUAGUUUGGCGGAAAGCGUUAGUAGGGAAGAUAAGGCUAAACCCGCCCCGAUUUCGCGAGAGGAAGAGGAUCAACUGAAUCAAAAGUUCCCCCAAGCUCAGACGAACGGGACUAGGACUACAACCACUACGACAGAAGGUGGGCAUGACGAGGAUGAAUCUUCAAUUGAAAAGGCUCCAAUUCUUUCGCCGUCAACAGACACUGUAGACCAUGCUCCCGGUGCGGUGCCCGUGUCAUGAGUUUCGAAUUCAUCGAAUUGUAAAAUAUGAAGGGGGGAUUCACGACAUAUAACGAAUAUAAAUGAUGGUGGUUUGGUUGGCGUUUAGGAUUUGAAUCAUUGUUACUACCGAUUUGGACAUGUUUAAUGAACGGGUAGUUUUAGGCUCCACUCAAGGUGUUGGACCAACAGAACGGGUGAAUUGGACAUCGUCAUGUUAUGUACAUUGCUCCCUGAUGCAUAGCGAGAUCUGUACACUGGAAUUGUAUAUUAGAUUAGAAUUUAACUAAUAACAGCGGCGGCUUUAUGGGUCUUCUUUUACUGUGGCUUCUUAUCCCUAGAAUUG